AUGAUUACCGAAGCUGAUCUUAAUUAUAUAGCUAUAGGUGGUUACAUAUUAUAUUAUAGGGGAGGAUGGGAUCCUAGUGGAUCAUAUUUUCAAUUGAAUGAUAUGUUUCCUAAUGGAGUAUGUAAUCGAUUAGUUGAUCCAGAAAUUAAAGAAAACAAGCCCAUAAUGGGAACUACAAAGUUGUGA